GUAAAGAACUCGGGAAGGCCAUGCCCAUACUGUUGUGUGACACUUGGGUCCAAUUUUUUUGAAAGUCGUGCAUUAUCAUAUAUGUAUUAUUACUUUGAUUGUUCUCCCCGCUUUGAUUUAUACAAAAUAUACGAUAUAAAUAUAUACUUUGCAAGUUGGAAAAAGGACCCACAACAACAAAUGCACAGCCUCAUUGACAAAUACACAUAAUAAUAAAUAAAGGAAGUAAAUGCCUUUUAAUAUUGUUUUUUUGACCUCUUUUCUCCAAUCAAUCAAGAGGAAUUUUUUUUUUUGAGAAUUCACAUGUUCAUGUUAUUCAAUUCGUACUUUUUCAAAAAUGGAAAAUGAGGAAUCUUUCCAUUUAGGGGAAAAGUUGGUACUUAAUUGAUUUGUUUAAGGUUUAAGCAACUCUUUGUAAGUCCCAACGAUCACUCAAUGGAAAAUUUUCUCUGUUGUCGUCAAAUGAAAAUUUUCUACAAAAAAGCCUAAUGGUUUAAUUUAGACUCGUAUCGAAUUUUUAAAGGCAACCUUUCUAUAAUAUUAUUUGUAAUUAGCUUUGCAAUAUUUUGUCAAUAAUUAUGAUUCGGUUCUUCAUUACUUUCGGUUUUACUCUCCUUUCAUAUAUUUGGUGGCAGUAAUGCAUUUGAAUUUAAAGUUCAGAUUUUUGCCACUAAAAUUCAGAUUUGCUGCUUAAAAUUUGUUCUUGAGAGCAUCAACCAUGUUUCUAUAUUUGAAGUUGACAGUAAUAACUGCUAAAAGGGAUUGAUCUUCAAUAAUGCCUACCAUGUGUUCGACAAAAUUACUCACGAGGCAUGAGAUGGGGAAGCAAAACAGGGGUGGUGUUGACAGCAAUGUCAAAGCUGGUACAUGUAACUAUGUAAGGGAACUUUACUACAGCCGCGGUGCCCACAAAACACCAUACCCACCAAUCACAACUCAAAAAGCUUUGACUCACUGUCUCUCUCUUUCUGUAUUUUUCACUAUCUGCCUUUGCCAAUUCCUGUUUCAUUACAUGGAUGGAUCCGCUCUUCCGCGAAUAGUUGGCAAUACUUUUGUGUGCGUUCAUUUGUUUCACAAAGAGACUGCUUUUUUGGUUUUAGCAUCAAAAGAGCGAAAGAAGUAAAAGGGGGAAGCAAAACAGAAAUUGUUGCCCACUUUUAGGAUUCAAUCCUCGACAAGCUCUCUGUUUCUUUCCUUUUUUCUGAUUAUUAUUGUAUAAAUAUCAUUUAUGCGAGCUUCAAGUUUUGAAAUUUACACCGAUGUUUUGUUUCUUUUUAUGAAAAUCAUUAUGGGUUUUGCUUUUUCUCAUCUCAAUUGCUGUGGUUUGUGUUGCCUUUGAAUCAAACAUGGUGGUCUAGGGUUUAUCUUUUCCGCCUAAAGGGGUCUAAGAUCUGCUCCUUCUUUUCUCGUUUUUGUUAUUGCUCCUCGAAUUUUCCUUAAGUUUUGGAAAGCUCGGCCUUUUCUAGAUUCCUCAAUUGGUGGUUACAUAAAGUUGGGUGCUCAGAUUCCUUUCAAAAUGCCUCUUGAUUGGUGCCUUUCGUCACUAUAAUCCUACAUCUCUGCAUUUUCUACUUGGGUUCUCUCUCUUUGAGCAUUCAAAGAGAGAGACUGUGAAUUAUCCGAAACAAUGAGUCGGAGAAUUGAAAUCCUCUCUCCUGACUCUUAUCUUCAGAACCCAAAUUGGUUGUUUCAAGAAAACAGUGGUACGAAAUGGACGGCAGAAGAGAACAAGCAGUUUGAGAAAGCCCUGGCUUUAUACGAUACCGAUAUCCCGGAUCGAUGGUUGAAGGUGGCAGCAAUGAUACCUGGCAAGACCGUAGAUGAUGUUAAGCAACAGUAUAAGGAAUUGGAAGAAGAUGUUAGUGACAUAGAGGCAGGACUGAUCCCAAUCCCGGGUUACACCAGUACCAACUCUUUCAAACUGGAGUGGGAUAACAAUCAGGGAUAUGAGCAGUUGGGGCAGUUUUAUAGUCCCGGAAAGAGAGGUACGGCUACUCGGCCUUCCGACCAGGAAAGGAAGAAAGGAGUCCCAUGGUCUGAAGAAGAGCACAGGCAGUUUCUGCUGGGUCUUCAGAAGUAUGGUAAGGGUGACUGGAGGAAUAUUUCUCGCAAUUUUGUUAUGACUAGGACGCCAACACAGGUAGCUAGCCAUGCUCAAAAGUACUUCAUCAGACAGCUCACAGGAGGGAAGGACAAGAGGCGAUCUAGCAUCCAUGACAUUACUACGGCGAAUCUGCAGGGGACAAAGUCUCUUUCACCAGGAAAAAAUUGGCCACAAUCACCAAGCCAUUCUGCCACUACUAUGCAGUCAGAGCUGCAACCAGAAAUGUUUAGCAUGGACUGGAAACCACCAAGGGAAGGAGUGGCUACCAUUUUUGACCCAGAAAUUGGCAAUGUGUUGAUGCCACCUUCCUGUGGCAUUUCUACUUAUGGACCUAAGCUCCAGGACCAAAAUCUUCACAGAGGAGCUCAUCCAGGAUAUCAGUUUGGGCCAUUUAAUACAAUCCUUCAGAUGCACUCUAUGCAGCAUCAGUGAAGUCACCAGCAGAGUGGCAUAUGUGAGAGUUCUGAAGUCCUCAUAAGAAUAAGAAUCAUGGUUUCAUGAUUCUUAGGCGUGCCGGUCACAAGAAAAGAACCUUGAAAGUAUCUGCUUCCCACAGACUGAAGAGUGCUCUCCUGGUAACCUUUUUUAAAAUGUAAAAGAUGUUGCCUUUCCCUGUCGAAUUCGGUUUUCCGCUCUUAUUAUAAUGAAGACGGACUAUUUAAUUUCAGCAUGCCCAUAAUGAUUCUCCUGUGUAGGUGGGGGUAACUUCUUUUAACUUGUAUAUUUAUGGAACUUUCCUCUUAGCUAGAAUCUUUUGUCUAAUUAUGUGCAAAGUUGAAUAAUCAUUAAUCAAGCAAGUUCUUGAUUC